AUGAAUAGUGAAGAUGCAACGUUGGCUUCGCAAGAAGGAUUAGCCAUUCGAGGAAAUGAUGCUCGACAUCUUCUGAUGGCGAAGCUCAUGCGAACGAAUCGGUCCACUGUUCUAGUAUUACGGAACAUGGUGAGCCCAGAUGAAAUCGAUGAGUAUCUUGAGGAGGAAAUCAAGGAGGAAUGUUCAAAAUAUGGUGAUGUGCAAGAGGUCGAUGCUGCACGAGCUGCUCUUGACAAGCGUUUCUUCGGUGGACAUACGGUCUCUGCAGAAGUCUACGACCAGGCAAUGUUUGAUCACAACGAUCUCAGCGGUUGA